AUGGAAUAUAGACUAGGUAAAGAAGAGUCAAUAUACUCUGACGUGAGGAAUCGAAAAGCGAAGCAAGAAUACAGGGAAUAUGAUUCAUCGGAGAACGAUAUUGGAGAGAACCUGAAAGGAAAAAAAGUAAAGAAAUCCUUUUUGAGGAUUUCUACUAGAGACAUGUACUAUCUCUGUGGACUCAUCGUUGUUGCCAUAGCCGUAAGAGCAUAUAAACUAGAACAACCUAGCUCAGUAGUAUUCGAUGAGGUUCAUUUCGGCGGCUUUGCCAGGAAAUAUAUUAAAGGUCAAUUUUUCAUGGACGUGCAUCCACCACUAGCAAAGAUGCUAUUCGCACUUGCUGGUGUAUUGGGUGGUUUUGACGGAAACUUUGAUUUUAAAGAGAUUGGGAAAGAUUAUCUUGAGCCAAAGGUCCCAUAUAUAACGAUGCGUUUGUUUCCCGCAAUUACGGGAAUAUUCGUUAUACCAAUAAGCUAUAUGACCAUUAAAUUAGCCGGAUUUUCAACCAUCUCUGCCUUUAUGGUAGCAACUUUAUUGAUAUUUGAAAAUGGAUUGGUAACCCAGAGCAGAUUGAUCUUGUUGGACUCACCGCUGAUCGCCUCCACUGCCUUCACCGUUCUGAUGUGGGUAAAAUUUCAAAAUGAACAAAAGAGACCAUUUAGAUUUUGGUGGUGGGUUUGGAUGGCAAUGACAGGAGUUGGGCUCGGGCUGACUGUUAGCAUGAAGUGGGUGGGUCUUUUUACAAUUGCCUUUGUUGGUUUAUCAACAAUCAAGGGAUUAUGGGAAUUACUUGGUGAUGUAAACGUGAAACCGUAUGAAUGGGCGAAACAUUUCUUUGCUCGUGCCUUAUGUCUAAUAGUAAUACCUGUUUCCUUAUACAUGUUCUUCUUUGUGAUUCAUUUUGCGAUUCUGCAAAAUGGUGGUGACGGUGAAGGCUUCAUGAGCGCGGAAUUUAAAAUGACUCUAAAUGGUUACAGCCAGAAAGAUACACCUAUAGAUGUAGCCUUUGGAUCGGCAGUAACAAUCAAACAUCUCAAUACUCACGGCGGAUACUUACAUUCCCACUCGCACAACUAUCCGACCGGGAGCAAACAGCAACAGGUUACAUUGUACCCACAUAUAGAUGAAAAUAACCUGUGGUUUAUCGACAAUCACACCAGUCCCGAGAUUCCUUUUAAUGAAUCAAGUCCUAAGUGGAUUACUCAUAAUACCAUAAUUCGUUUAAACCAUAUUGCAACUAAUAGGAGGUUACAUAGUCACAAUGUUAGACCCCCAAUGACAGAUGAAGAUUAUCAUAAUGAAGUAAGUGCUUACGGAUACGAGGGCUUUGGUGGUGAUGCCAAUGAUCACUGGGGAGUAGAAAUUUACGAUCAUGAUAAGUCUGAUCCUGAGUCGGGUAAAAGACUUCGAGCGAUUAACACAAAGUUUAGGCUCCGCCAUAUGAUGACUGGAUGUUAUCUUUUUUCGACCAGCAUAAAAUUACCCGAAUGGGGUUUUGAGCAACAACAAGUUUCAUGCAUCCAUGAUGGAACUAUCCCAAACACCCUAUGGUAUAUUGAGAGUAAUUCCAAUCCGAGCUUGCCAAAUGAUACUGAAUUGGUGAAUUACAAAAAACCAGGAUUCUUUAAAAAGUUCCUUGAACUUAACAAGGUUAUGUGGAAUAUAAAUAAAGGGCUAACUGAUUCUCACCCUUUCGAGUCUCGUCCCAACGACUGGGUCGUAUUGAAUCGUGGUAUUAGUUUCUGGCAGAAAGACCGCCGUCAAAUUUAUUUAAUUGGAAAUCCUCUGAUUUGGUGGUCAUCUUCCAUGGCUAUUAUACUGUUCCUCGCCCUAAAGGCUAUCAUUAUUAUAAGGUCCAAGAGAGGAUAUUCGGACCACUUGAACGUCGAUAAAGAACACUUCGAAUCUUGGGCCGGCUUAUUUUUCAUGGGAUGGUGCUUGCAUUAUUUUCCUUUUUAUUUGAUGGCUCGUCAAUUGUUCUUACAUCAUUAUUUCCCAUCACUAUACUUUGCAAUACUCCUAAUUGGCGUAGGCUUUGACUUAUUCACAUUUAGACUUUCACCAUAUGGUAAUCCAUGGAUAAAAUCUGACUGUAAAAGCAUGAAAUGGGUAGAUACCUGGGAUUUUGACUGUACUUCUAAUUUUGAUACUUAUGAAGAAUAUUACAAGAUAAAUAAAGAUGUAUUCAUUGAACAUCCAACACCAAGAGAGGAAAUUGGCGGUCAAGCGGUGUUGAAUCCGGACGCGGAAGAAGAAGAGAUUCCAAGAGACGAAGAUGUAUCAACCAAUUUGGUCACAGAAUUCACAGAAUUUAAGUUAAGACACAAAAAUGACGAUGCUACAAAAGUCGAUUUAGCCAGUGACAAGAUUGAGAAAUCAGUUCAGCCGGACACACCGGUGGAGUCUCAUCCGAGUCAUGAAGAAAGUGAAAAAGAGGACAUAGUUUCUUCAGAAAAGGUCUCCGAUCCCCCCAUAGUUUCUGGGCCAGAUCAUGAAAAUUUUUCAAAAGCAGAGAAUGAAGAGAAAGAUGAGGACUCAACGAAGAAUGUUUAA